CUUAGCUUCUCCCAUUCAGCCAUUCUGGCACACUCCUUUUCUCCCAAUUUUCUAUUCAAAACACUCAACUUUCUCUGCUUUCUGCCACACCCUUUUUAAAUUCCAUUUGGCCUUAUUCCGGGAACCAUGUUUAUCCCCUUUAUUUGAUCACCAUUUUAUAAUCUCUCUCUAGCAAGCUAUCUUUUCCUCCUCUCAUCAUAUGUUCAUAACAGUACUGGGUUGUUGAUCUUUUGGUUUAGCUAGUCUGGAUCAAGGUUGAUCUCUUCGAAAGAAAUAAAAGAUGGGGAGAGCUCCUUGUUGUGACAAAGCGAACGUGAAGAGAGGGCCGUGGUCACCUGAAGAAGAUUCCAAGCUCAAGUCGUAUAUUGAACUACACGGCACUGGUGGUAACUGGAUUGCUUUGCCCCAAAAGAUCGGGCUUAAGAGAUGUGGGAAGAGCUGCCGGCUGAGAUGGUUAAACUAUCUGCGCCCGAACAUCAAGCAUGGAGGGUUUUCUGAAGAAGAGGACAACUUAAUUUGCAGCCUCUAUAUAAGUAUUGGAAGCAGGUGGUCUAUAAUUGCAGCACAACUGCCUGGAAGAACUGAUAAUGAUAUAAAGAACUACUGGAACACAAGGCUGAAGAAAAAGCUUCUGGGAAAGCACCGCAAGGAACACCAGGCUGCUGCGCGUAGAUCCGCUGCAGGUCUAAAACAGCAAGAAAUUGUCAAAAGAGGUCUCAUCAUCAGUAGUAGUAGUGGGAACAAUAAUUCCAUGGUGAAUCCUGUGGCAGCAGCUAGCCAAAACCCUUACUGGCCCGAGCUACCGGUGCUCCAAGUACCAUCGAUACCCAAUUACUCAUCACCAAACCAAGAAGUAGUAGUACCUUCUUUCAAUGACCAUGCGUCUAUCCGAAAACUGCUUAUCAAGCUCGGAGGAAGAUUUCAUUCAGAUCAUCACGACAAUGUUGCUCAACCUAAUAUCCAAGAUGUGUACUCCUCGAAUGGCGAUAUUCAACUCCCAGUUGAUCAAUUUCCUAGCUCAACUCAACAGAUUUAUCACGAGGAGUCGGAAGCCAAUAUGCACUCAUCUGCUAGCCUGAUUGCGGCUUUAGCCAGUAACAAUAUCAGCAACCCGGGCCAAUUUGCACAAAUGAACCAUUACAACAACCCCGCGGAUAAUGCUGGAUAUGGUGGUGCUGUGAACAUGUUUCAAGGAGGGCAAAGUAGUAACUAUUUUCUGUCGAACGAGCUUAAGGACAUGGUGUACAAUAUUGAUCCAGAAAAGUUAGAUGGGCUGGAGUUCUUAUACAGUGAAGACGUCAUGAUCAUGAUGAAUGAUAGACCGAUUAGCAGUACUACUAAUACUAGUACUAGUUAUGGUGAUCAAAGUACGAUUGGGUGGAGUGGUGAUCAGAUGCAGCUGGUUUAUCCUCCUCCUCUAGCUGCCUCAGGCUCAGACUAUCAUGAAGCCAUGCAGAGAAUGAUAAUGCCUCAAGAUCAAUGCGCUAAUCUCAGCGGUAGUUACCCUGGGGAUGGGGUACAAUAAAGUCAUGAUGGUGUACAUUAAUUAAUGUAAUAAUAGAUUUUGUAGCAAUAGUCCCAAGUAAACCCUAAUAUUCAUCUGAUUUUUAGGUCUGUUUUUGAUGUGCCAUGAUUGUUCUAUUGAUAUAUUCAGGGUUGCUAUAUACAAUGGGUGCAUUUUGAGUGA